AUGGAGGAAGACUCCUUUAAGAACAGACUGCUUAAGCGUAACAUCGACAUAUGGAUAGAGAAGUACCGUCCUGAGAAUCUAGACGAUGUAGUCGGAAAUCCCUUCGUCAUAAAUACUCUCAAGAGUAUCAUCGUGUCGGGAAAUAUGCCCAACCUGCUCCUAGCGGGUGCCCCCGGGACUGGGAAGACCACAAGCAUUCUUUGCUUGGCGAGUGAAAUGUUAGGUCCCCAAGCGAAGAAAGCUGUUCUGGAAUUGAACGCCUCCGACGACAGAGGAAUUAACGUAAUCAGAGAUAGAAUAAAAAGUUUCGCAAAGGAAAUUAUAAGUCUUCCUCCUGGAAAACACAAAAUUAUCAUUCUAGAUGAAGUGGAUUCCAUGACCACAGCCGCACAACAAUCCUUAAGAAGAAUUAUGGAGUUGUACUCUGACACCACUAGAUUUGCUUUAGCUUGUAAUCAGUCUGAAAAAAUUAUUGAUGCACUUCAAAGUAGAUGUGCUAUUAUACGAUAUUUUAAAUUAUCCGAUGAUCAAGUUUUGAAACGAAUUGUAAAAAUUUGCGAAAUGGAAAAUAUCAAGUACACAGACGACGGAUUGGAAACGCUUACUUUUAUAGCAGACGGAGAUUUAAGAAAAGCAGUGAAUUGUCUGCAGUCCACUUAUGCGGGGUUAGAAGUUAUAAAUAAAGAAAAUGUACUACAUAUAUGUGAUAUUCCUUCUCCUGAAAGAAUUGAAAAUUUACUAAAAUUUUGCAUUAACAGUGAAUGGAAAAAGGCACAUGAUAUUGCGUAUGAUAUGAUAAAGGAAGGACACACCCCUUUUGACGUUGCUCUUACAUCUUCCAAUGUGUUAAGGAGAUAUGAUCUUGGCUCCGAAUCUGUGCAAAUCGAGUUUUUAAAAAUUGGUGCUAUGGCUUGUAAUACCAUGGCCAGUGGUCUGGCAAGCGUUAUCCAGCUGGAUAGGUUACUCGCCGACUGGUGCAUAGCAGCCAAGGCUCUCCGCACCAAGUGUGUUAGUUUGUGA